AUGUCAACUACCCCAACAACAGCAGACGAGAAGCUGGAAUCACAACCGUGUGAAAGUGUAAAUGGGUCUCAGUCUCGAAGUUCUAUCUCCGAAGCCCACCGCCAGUAUGUCAUAGAGCGGCAUGGAACGGACCAAUUAGCCCCUUUCCCAGACUACAGCGAUGAGGACCCAUACAACUGGCCGCGAUCUAAGAAAUGGCUUAACCUGGCCUUCGUCGCGUUUCACGGGUUUAUGUCGACGUUUACUGCCGGCGCUAUUCAAUCCGCCUUCGAGAACAUCGCUAGAGACCUCCAUGUGAGCUUACAGCAGGCGAGCUAUCUUGUAUCACUCGUGAUUGCGAUAAUAGGCAUUGCACCCUUUUUCUGGAUGCCCCUAGCUGAUCGAUUUGGUCGACGCCCCAUUCUCCUCUGGUCUCUUGUUAUUGGUCUGGUCGCUGACGUGGGCUGUGCGAAGAGUCCUUCAUAUGCUACAAUGGCCGUAUGUCGAGCCAUCGCGGCUAUUGGAGCUAGUCCUGCCGCAGCGAUCGGGGCUGGUAUGGUGCAGGAGAUGUUUUUCAAGCAUCAGAGAGGGCGAUACAUGGGAAUAUGGACUGUGUUUGUCACAUUAGGUGUCCCAAUUGGUCCAUUGGUAUUUGGUUUUGUUGCCUUUCGAGCUGGGUAUCGUUGGAUAUACUGGGUCUUGGCGAUUACUAGCGCUGUGCUGCUAAUUAUAUAUUUCUUCUACGGCGCAGAAACUCGAUAUAUCCGCGGUCAGGAGAAACAAGCGCCCAAAGGCCUUUUUAGAAGCUUAUUCUAUCGUAUUGACCCGACACCGAUGACUUUACAGGAUUUUGUCCACCCUCUUUACAUCGCACGACUCCCCUGCGUCACCUUGCCCACUAUCGCAUACGCCAUGGUCUUCGCUCUUGCAAGCGUAUUUCCCACAAUCCUGCUCCCUCAACUCUAUUUUGAGAAUUUUCAUUUUAAUACAGAAGAAGUUGGCCUACAGAGCAUAUCUGUAAUCAUCGGGACCAUUAUCGGCGAGCAGAUCGGUGGUCUAUGCUCCGAUCGCUGGAUGAACAGCAAGAAGGGUAAACGCCACCCUCCCGAGUAUCGUCUCUGGCUAUCCUUUAUCGGCUACGCGCUUUCUAUUGUUGGAAUCGCCGUGUUCCUCGUCCAGCUGCAGCAUGCUGGCAAUAUGUGGAACGUCACGCCUACAGUAGGCGUGGGCAUCGCAGCUGUGGGAAAUCAACUCAUUACUACCGUGAUGAUCACAUACUCUGUCGAUUGUCACCACGAAGAGGCCACAUCUAUUGGAGUGUUCGUCUCACUUGUGCGUCAGAUAUGGGGCUUCAUUGGUCCUUUCUGGUUCACUCCGCUGAUCGCGAAUGUUGGGCUCAUACCGAGCACGGGUGUUGUAAUAGCAUUAAUUGCCGUAGCAAGUAUUUUCCCGACUAUACUACUCUUGUGGAAGGGAAGAACCUGGCGUACAUUGGACGAGUAA